AUGCGGGCCAUAUUCACUGUAGCUGGGAUCGCCACAUGCGUCCAGGCAGGGGCGCAAGUUGCAAUGUGUAUCCUCCUCCUAACACAAUAUUUCUGUCUGGUGGAUUUCCUAGAAAAUUUGUCACCUCAUAUCUUCUUAUAUGUGAAAAUCCUUUACUUCUCAAACCCGACCCAUUGCGGAGGACAAAUACCAAUCGGAAAAAUACCAGAUGUAAACAGCCAAGCAUUUGUAUACCAGAAAGUAGAACCGUUUACGACCACUAGGAUUUUUAUCUUUAAUUGUGUGUACAUGGCCAUUGGCUGCUUAUGGUUCUUAACAAGUGCUUUAUUGCUUAACUUUCCUGCUGGUGCAAAGCGAUUGCCGGUGCGCUGGCCAUGGAUCAUCAUGACGAUAGUUUCUUGUGCAGUGGAUGUCGUUUCCGUAAUUUUCUUGUCAAACGACUAUAUUUUCACCAAGACACUAAAUGACAUGGUAACUUACAUUGGAGCUACAACGAGCGGUCUGGGGAACGUCGUUCUCGACACCAGAGGAGCUUCACUAUUGAUGAUAGCUCUCUGUGCCAGAUUCGGCGUUUUCUUCGUAUUUAACAUCGUCCUUGUAAUAGCCGUGGCGAUUAAGCGAAUGCCGGCGACGCCACGACCGACACCACAAGAAUUGCAAGAAACAGCCCCUACUGAGAAUCUGGAUGAUACAUUUACACAACUGAACGACACUUACAUAAUAGAAGGCAGAUCUAACACUUCGGAAUACGAACUAUCAACUCCGAAAAAAGUUGAAAUUCCACGUGUACAUCGAAACAUGAACCCUUUAUAUAAAACGCAGAUAUCACCAUCGAUGUCGUUGUCGCCCAUUGUCGCUCUAUCGCCUCAAAUUGCACCAAUGUCGCCCCAAGUGCAAAUUUCGACUCCGGCAAUCAAGAGAGAUAGGAAAUUGCAACGUUUGCAUCAGGAACUGAUAGAAAGUCCAUUUUUCUGCAAGAGAACUGUACUAUACUACGCUAAAGACCUACCAAAGGUCCGCAUUACCACUGAAAAGGAGUUAAAACAUGAUAAAAAUUAUAAUCACUAUCCUUCGACCUCUGCCGAUACCAACAAUGAACAGAAGUUUCCAUUUAUGAAUAGUUCAUUCAGAGCACUAGUUGAGACCAACUCCGAAGUCGUGGUUGGGGAAGACCACACAAUCAUUGAUGGACCCCAGACGAAAGCAAAAAAUUUUAACAAUAUAACAUUUUAA